AUGUUGGAGCGUGACCUAUCACUACCCCUGGAUCGCCUGCGUGUUCCUGCUCACCUGACAUCACAGGGGGCCCAGCGGGAAACAACUGAUCAGCUACGCGACCGAGUCUCAGCACGACAGCAGGCAACUAAACAGCGCUUUGACCGGUCCCACAGGGCCAAACACCCAGCUUUUACCAUUCGGGACUGGACGGAACGCGGUGGCAUGCACGCCGCCUCCGCAAAGUGGCCCCACCUACCGCAGAAGACCUGUAGGCCAGCCGAGAUCCAGUUCCGGACUCUGGUGGACCAGUUAAUCCUGCAGCAUGACCAGUCCAUGCCUAUCACGGCUGAUCAACAGGAUGAUGUCAGUGUACUAAAGGAUUCUAGUGAACAGACCUGGGAGCGGGCCAUUGCCAAAGCCAGAGAAGUUGUUGAUAGGUUAGAUAAUGUCACUCUCAAUAUUGCUGUGACAGGGGAGACAGGGGCAGGAAAGUCCUCCUUCGUUAAUGCCAUCAGAGGUGUUCAAGAUACUGAUGAAGGAGCUGCACCCACUGAUGUCGAAGAAUGCACCAUGAAGCCCACCAUGUACCCCCACCCAACCAUGCCCAAUGUGAAGAUCUGGGACCUGCCAGGCACAGGGGGAACAAAAGUAAGCUACAAAUACCAAAACUAUGACUUCUUUAUCAUAGUAAGUGCAACAAGAUUCAAAGAGAGUGAAAUCAUGUUGGCAAAUGAAAUCAAGAAAAAUAAGAGGAAAUUCUACUUUGUUCGCACAAAGACUGACUUUGAUGUAGCAAAUGAAGAGAGAAAGAAAGUAUCAGAGGAGGCAACACUUCAGAAAAUACGGAACAACUGUGAGGAUAAUCUCAGGAUAUUGGGAUCCCCUCCUGUCUUCCUCAUUACAUCCCAUGACUUGGAAAGGUUUGACUUCCAUAAACUGGUAAAUACUCUGAAGAGUGACCUUCCAGAUCACAAAAGAUAUGCUCUGGUUAUGAGUUUGCCUGUUUAUUCCAUGGAGUCUCUUGACAGGAAAUACAAUACACUCAAGGACACAAUAUGGGCUGUGGCCUUCACAUCAGGUGCCAUAUCAGCAAUGAUGGCUGAUCAACAGGAUGAUCUCCGUGCUUUACUAAAUGAUUAUGGUGAAUCAACCUGGGAGCGGGCCAUUGUCAAAGCCAGAGAAGAAGCUGAUAGGUUAGAUAAUGUCACUCUCAACAUUGCUGUGACAGGAAAUGUUGGGUCAGGAAAGUCCUCCUUCAUUAACGCCAUCAGAGGUCUUCAAGAUACUGAUGAAGGAGCUGCACCCACUGGGGAGGUAGAAACCAGCAUGGAGCCCACCAUGUACCCCCACCCAACCAUGCCCAAUGUGAACUUCUGGGACCUGCCAGGUGUAGGGAGCUCAAAGUUCAAAGCAGAAACCUAUCUGAAAGAUGUCAAAUACCAAAACUAUGACUUCUUUAUCAUAGUAAGUGCAUUACGAUUCAAGGACACUGACAUGAUGCUGGCAAAUGAAUUCAAGAAAAAGAAGAAGAAUUUUUACUUUGUUCGCACAAUGACUGACAAUGAUGUAACACAAGAAGAGAGAAAGGGAGUAAGAGAGGAGCAAACACUUCAGAAAAUACGGAACAACUGUCUGGAAAAUCUCAGAACAUUGGGACCCCCUCCUGUCUUCCUCAUUACAUCCCGUAACCCAAAAAGGUUUGACUUCCAGGAACUGCAAAAGGAUCUGGAGAGAGGCCUUCCAGAAUACAAGAGAGAUGCUCUGGUUAUGAGUUUGCCUGUUUAUUCCAAAGAGUGUCUUGAGCAGAAAUACAGUACAUUCAAGAAAGUAGUUUGGGCUGUGGCCAUCACAUCAGGUGCCAUAGCGACAGCCACAGUACCACAUCUGUCACUAGCAUGUGAUGUUGCCAUGGUAGUGUUUUUCCUAUCCAAGUGCUACUAUUCAUUUGGUCUAAAUGAUGGGUCCCGUGAAAGGAUGUCACAGAGAGUAAACAAGUCAGUACUGGCAAUGGUUAGAGAAGCAUCAGUUGUCAUGGCGAUUGCUGGAAAAUCAUCGCUUAUAGCGAAAAUGGUAGCAAGACUUGUGGCAGCAGGUGUCAUUGAGGCACUGUGCAGCCGUGUGCCUGUUGUUGGCACCAUAACAGCAGCUGCAGUAUCUUUUGUUACCACACGAUCUGUGCUCCUAGAAGGGGUGAAGGAACUGUAUAGUGUAGCCAAAAGGGUGAUUGAAAUGGCAGGACUAAAGUAG